AUGAAUAAAACAAUUUCAGUUGUAAUUUUUGCUUUAAUUGCUAUUGUUAGUGUAACAUUAGCAGCAACACCAGAUCAAUGGGGUUCAAGAACUAUUUAUCAACUUUUAACCGAUAGAUUCAGUCAAACUGUCAAUAGUUCUCAACCAUGCGGUAAUCUUCAAGGCUAUUGUGGUGGUACAUUCCAAGGUGUCGAAGCUCAUUUAGAUUAUAUCCAAGGUAUGGGUUUUGAUGCAAUUUGGAUUUCACCAGUUGUUACAAAUACACCAGGUGGUUAUCAUGGUUAUUGGCAACAAGAUAUUUAUACAGUAAAUGAAUAUUUCGGAACAGAAAAUGAUUUAUUAAAUAUGAUUAAAGCAUGUCAUGAAAGAGGUAUUUGGGUUAUGUUAGAUGUUGUUGCAAAUCAUGUUGGUCCAGUUAAUUAUGAUUAUUCAACCAUUGUUCCAUUUGAUUCAGUUGAACAUUAUCACAAUUGUACUACAUGUCCACAAUAUUGUACCAUUGAUGAUUUCACCAAUUAUCCACAAGUUGAAGAAUGUCGUUUAUCAGGUUUACCAGAUUUAGAUCAAGAUAACCAAUUCGUUAGAACAACACUCCAAGCAUGGAUUAAAAAUAUGACAGAAUUCUAUGGUUUCGAUGGUAUUCGUAUCGAUACAGUACCAGAGGUUAAAGCUGAUUUCUGGAGAGAAUAUAACGAUGCCGCCGGUGUUUACGCAGUUGGUGAAGUUUACAAUGGAAAUUUAACCUAUGUUGCCUCAUACCAAGGUCCAGUCGACGGUGUUUUAUCCUACCCAAUGUUUUUCACUCUUCGUUCAGUUUUUGCUCAACAACAAUCAAUGAAUCAAAUUCAAUCCACUUUCCAAUCCUAUCAACAACUCUUUAGCAACAUGUCAUUGUUGGGUACCUUUAUUGAUAAUCACGAUCAAGUACGUUUCCUUAAUGAGCAAUCCGAUAUUGAACUCUACAAGAAUGCCAUCACCUACGUUUUAAUGGCUCAAGGUAUCCCAAUCAUUUACUAUGGCACUGAACAAGGUUUCAAUGGUGCUUCCGAUCCAAACAAUCGUGAGCCAUUAUGGACCACCUCUUUCAAUACCGCUUCCCCACUCUAUCAAUUCAUUCAAACCGUUAAUACAUUCCGUGCUAAUAUCACCGAAGAUUUAACAAUUGCUCAAGUUCAACGUUACUCUGAUAAUGGUUUCUACGCUUUCACUCGUGGUAAUGCUUUUGUUGCCUUAACAAAUGGUGGUUCAAAUGAAGUUCAAACUAGUCGUAACAUUACUUAUCACCCAUACCUUGAAGGUACCACUCUUUGUAACAUCUUUUAUCCAACUGAAGAUUGUAUUAAAGUUGCUGGUGGUGCUUUCACUGUUUAUCUCGAUCAUGGUGAAUCAAAGAUUUAUUAUCCAAUGAAUUAA